AUGGACUCCCCAUGGGGUCAGCUCAUCUCCGCUUUCGGUUUCACGAUGAAUUUGGUGGCAACAGUUUUGAAUGGACUCGGCAUUUGGUGCAUUUUCGGUUCCACUCCGAACAGCAUGCGCAAUUAUUCGAUUUUGUUACUCCAAACGACGGUGGCCGACUUCUUGGCGAGUGGGGGAGCGGUUUACUCGAACGUUCGUUUGGUUGCGGAAGGCGGGAAAAGGUUGGGAGCGAUUAUCAUCCCGGAGGGUCCAUGCAAAUAUCAGCUGUCGUCGAGAUCUUGUCAAAUUGGAUACUGUAUGAUGCUGGGCUCAAAUCUGCACUCGCUCCUUUCACUUCCGAUGUCAUUCUUCUAUCGCUGGUGGGUGAUUUCCCAUCCGGCACCUAAAAAGUACAAGAUAUUCUUGGCGCUGUUGGCCACGGCCCCAAUGACGCUCGUUGAACAGUUCACUUGCAAUAUCGCUUUCGAGGGAUCGCUGAGUGAUGGGAAUAAAAUGUACGAAAAACGGUUUAAUGCAAGUGUCGAGUAUCCGUCAUCACAAGUCCUUUUCGUCACGCACACCAUUUUGCGUUACCCAAUCAUGCACACAAUCGUUUACAUGGCCAUCAUUUCUCCGAUCGUUUAUUAUUUGGUCUACUAUUUUCGUGCAAAGAUUAACAAAGCUCUGAAUUUGUUGACGAUUUCCGAGGCGACGAAACGGCAACACCGAAAAUUGGUCAAGAUGUUAGUCUUACAAGCGAUUGUCCCCGUGGCUGCUGCCGGCACUCUUCCCCUCUUUUUCCUCUCACAACAAGGCGUUGUCACCGAUCCAAUUUGGCAAUUUCCCUGUUUCCUUCCACUGAACACCGUCUCUCUUCUUCAGCCGAUCAUCAUGCUGUGGGCGGUGGAACCAUAUAGGAAAGCGACUAUCGGAAUGUUUUGGAAACCGAUCAAGUAUCGAGCGAGAACGAAAAAUUCGACGAUCGUUCACUCGACCAUCGCGAUUUUACAA